AUGGCGUCCCUUGACCCCAGCCUGUCACGGAAGGAGUCACGGGGAAGUGAUGGAGGUGAGGGGAGCCGGGCGGCGGGAAUGGGGCGGUUGGGAAGGGCCGCGCGCCGCUCGGGGAGGCUGCGCGCGCGGGCGAUGUUUGACAGAAUCAAACCAUCUGAUGAAACUUCUGCUUCUUCACAAGGAAUUGAAAGACAUGGUAUUGAAGGCUCUAUGCAACAGGACAGCAGCAGCAGGCCAACCUAUGAUGACAUGCCACUCCCCAUCACUCCAGAGGCUGAUAGAAUUGCUUGCCUGUCCCCAGAAGAGAUGGAGAAAAAGAGGACCAGAGGCAGACAGGAAAUUUCCAGCAAAGACCGGGAGUCUUUUGGUGAAAUAAGCUCUUCUGCUCCAUGCGUGUCUCAUGAGGGCACAAAGAAAACGUCUGUAGCACAAGCAUGUAUUAAAAAACUAGAAAGGCAGCAGGAACGUGUUACAAGACCAUCACAGCAGUUUGUGGGCAUUUGUAGCAACAAGAAAUGGGAUACCAUGAAAGAUACUCAAACUGCAAAUCAUAGCUAUGGAGGCCAGUUUACAGCUGUAAACUCUGUACCCCAGCAUUCUUCUGUAAAUCCUUUAAUCCGUAGUUCUUCUGUUAAUCCUAAAACAGGAAAAAAUGUUAGGAAUUUGGCAGCAUCAAAUCUGAUUCCGCAUAGUGGAUGUGAUAAAACAGGAAUGAAGGUAUGCAGGAGUGAUGUGUUAUUGAACCCAUGCUUGAUUCCUCCAGCACUAAUUCACCCAAAACACCCUUCAGUUUCUCAUCAGAAUCUUAUAUGCAGCCACAGCAAUUCUUUAUGUAUUACCUCAGGUCAAUCUCUCUCGAAACGAGAUGGUUUGCAAACUCAGGAUGAAACUUUGGUGUCUGAUUUCCAUCUCAGGGAUACUGGGAGUAUCAGGAGCUCCCUACAUCUUGGGAUUUCCCCACAACUAGCAAGAUGCAAAAACAUGAAGGCAAACAGAGAUUAUGAAAGUACAGUGGAUGAAACUAUUGAAGAUGUUAUUUUGAAAUACUGCCAUGGAAAUACAUCUAAAAAAAAUUAUUUCAAAGAAGAGAAUAAUCCCUGUUUAACUUUUUCAUCACUUCUGGACCAUACUCAUUUAGAGGGUUCUGAAAUGAGUUUUGACUGUGAUGCACCUAUUCAGUCAGGAGUGGACUUACCCAAGGCAGCUAUAAAAGAUAUAGAAUUCCUAAAAGAGGUCCAAAUAGGCUUGCAAGAUAAAGACUAUGAAAUGCAACUCUCUUCUGUUUUAAAAAAUAAGUCAAUAGACAAAACAGAAGCAGUGAAACAGGGUGUUGUAGUUCAUACUGAAGAACCAGUUCUUCCAGCUCUGCCUCAUGUGCCUCCUUCUUUUGUGGGAAAGACUUGGUCUCAAAUAAUGUAUGAAGAUGAUAUAAAAAUUGAAGAACUUGUACGUGAUUUCAGGGAAGGUCGUUUUCGCUGCUACUUCGACAGUGAAUCCUCAGCCAACUCCUCAGAUACACUAUGCAACCCACAAGUUCUUAAAAUGCCUCGGAAAAGGACAUGGCGCCUGGCUUCAAGAUGCCAGGUGGUUAAAGUCAGCCAUGGCACCCAAACAAGUUUAUUGAACUACCCUGUAGCAAAAAGAAAAAUGUCUAGAAGGGAAUCUGAUCCAGCUGAUCAGAAAGCAAGCAUUGUGUGGCCAGAGAAUGAAAAAACUCCAAACAUGAAAACUAGACUAUGUGCCCUUAAACUUCCUGAGUCCUAUAGCAAGAUUAUGAGUCCUGUACAGCCCAAGACAGUGGUGUAUGUACUUUCAUGCCCAGAGGUAAAACAGUGUAAAGGCAAACCUAUAGAUACUCCCAAAAUGAGAAAAAAGCGGAACUCCACAGAAAGCAAGGACUCUGUAAGGUACAAAUACAAACAGUGCACUUUUAAGUAUUAUGACCCACUGACAAAUAGAAUUCUGAAAAUGCCACCGAAGAGUACAGUUGGAGAAAAAGCCAAAAAGCCCUCCCAUGUUCGACAGCUUUUCAGAAGUCUCAGCUUCGAUGCAAACAUGAGGAAAUUAAAUUACACACAGAGAGAAAGCACACCGUCAAAGUCACUUGAUUGCUCAGACCUCUAUAGUUCAUCUUCAGCAUCUUUUCUGCCAGAUCCAGGUAAAGGGAAUGAUGCAGCCUCCAGUCAAAAGGCAUAUGGGUCUUCUGUUUGCACAGAAAGAACAGAUUGUCUGGUAUCUGGUCACUCUGAGAACUCUGUUAAACAUGUAAUCAUUUCACCUUUGAACUCUCACCAGUCUGCGGUAGAAGCAGAUGUUAGAUUAACUCCAUUUAACAGCAGAGUUACCAAAACUCCUCUGACUUCCAUCAAGAGUGAGAAGCUAGAGAGGGAGAGUCCAAAGGCAAUAUGGAAGAGAAAAGAAGGCACUAAUAAGGAACCAGGUUUUUCCAGAAAGGCUGCAGGACCUAUGUCUGUCAGAUGUGCUGUUGGGAGGAGAGGAAACAGAGUAACCACAGGCAAGCAACCUUCCAGAACUAAAAAACAACAAAAAGAGGGGAUGAGAAGGCAACUUCGUUCUCAUUCCCAGAAAUCAUCUGCAUUCUCCAUCUGUAGGUGCCAGACAAGGAAAACUACAGUGGGAAAGCACCUUAAGAAAGAAAAGCCUGAUGCGAAAAAAUUAAAGGUGAGGAGGAAACCAAAACGGACCUUUCUGAACUCAACAGUUGUCACAGGGAUUCCUGAAAAGAGGCAGAAAGUCAUGUCCAAAUCUUUCCCAAAGAAGCCAGAGGGAGCUUCUUCCGAAAUCAGGAACCAGCACCUGGAAAAAAUUGAGGAAAAGGAAAGGGAACAAAAGGAAGUCAUAGAUGAAACAGUUGAAGUGCUAGAUCUGCCGAAAGUGCAAAACAAGUCUGAUGUGAAACGUACAACUGUAAACUCAGCUCUUGUUCCUGGAAUAUGGGAAUACCUGCAUUGGAAUGAAACAACAGGCGAUAUAGAGGGAGCACUGGCAGAUGAACAGAAUUCAUUUCAACAGAAUAAAAGCAGUAACAGUAAAAAUAACAGCUACAGCAGUGCAAUCCAGAAAGAAAUUACACUGCCUUCAAGACUAAUCUAUUACAUCAACAGAGAAUCUGAAACCCCUUACCACAUCCUGGAUACAAGGGCAAGGCACCAGCAGAAACACGACAAGGCUGUACAUCUGGCCCAGGCAAGUUUCCAGAUUGAGGCCUUUGGUUCCAAAUUCAUCCUUGACCUCACACUGAAUAAUGACUUGUUAUCUUCCAAUUAUGUGGAGAUUCACUAUGAAGAUGGAAAACCAAAGUUUUCUAAGGGUGGAGAGCAUUGUUACUACCAUGGAAAUAUCAGAGGUAUGAAGAAUUCCAAGGUUGCUCUUUCAACUUGUAAUGGACUUCAUGGCAUGUUUGAAGAUAGUACUUAUUUGUACCUGAUAGAACCAAUGGAUCUGACUCACAGUGCCGAAAAUAGAAGUAGGCCGCAUACCAUCCAAAGAACUUACGGAACACAAGCAUCCAAGCAGUUGCAGGACAUUGAGACUGAAUCUAGUUCUGAAUGGCCCUUUCUGUCUGAACUACAGUGGCUGAGGAGAAAGAGAAGAAAGAGAGCAGUAUCUCGUGGUGUCUUUGAAGAAAUGAAAUAUCUGGAGCUCAUGAUAGUCAAUGACCAUAAAAUGUUCAAAAAGCACCGAUCGUCAAAUGCAUACACAAACAAUUUUGCAAAGUCUGUGGUAAACCUUGUAGAUGCUAUAUACAAAGAACAGCUGAACACCAGGGUGGUUCUUGUGGCUGUGGAAACUUGGACAGACAGAGAUCGUAUUAAUAUUCACCCUGACCCUCUGCAGAUGCUUCAUGAUUUCUCCAAGUAUCGACAGCACUACAUCAAACAACAUGCUGAUGCUGUGCACCUGCUCUCGAAUGUGACAUUUCAUUACAAAAGGAGCAGCUUAAGUUACUUUGGAGGGGUUUGCUCUGUGACCAGAGGAGUAGGAGUGAAUGAGUACGGUCUUCCUUUGGCCAUGGCACAGGAACUAGCACAAAGUCUUGCUCAGAACCUUGGAAUACAGUGGGAGCCAGCUGCCAGGAAACCAAAGUGUGACUGCACUGAAUCCUGGGGUGGUUGCAUCAUGGAGGAAACAGGGGUAUUCCAUUCCAGGAAAUUCUCCAAAUGCAGCAUUGCAGAAUACAAAGAAUUUUUACUUCGUGGGGGAGGUGCCUGUCUUUUCAACAGGCCGACAAAGCUUUUUGAAACCACUGAAUGUGGAAAUGGCUAUGUAGAAGCAGGAGAAGAAUGUGAUUGCGGUUUCCGAAUGGAAUGCUAUGCAGAUUGUUGUAAGAAGUGCUCUCUUUCUAAUGGAGCUCAUUGUAGUGAUGGACCCUGCUGUAAUACAUCAUGUCUUUUUUUCCCACGAGGCUAUGACUGUCGAUACGCAGUGAAUGAAUGUGAUAUUGCAGAGUUCUGCACUGGAGAUUCUGGCCAGUGUCCACCAAAUCUUCAUAAACAGGAUGGGUAUGCCUGUGAUUCUAACCAGGGUCGUUGCUAUAAUGGUGAAUGCAAGACAAGAGAUAAUCAGUGCAAAUAUAUCUGGGGAUCUAAGUCUUCAGGAUCAGACAAAUUUUGUUAUGAAAAGCUUAAUACAGAAGGCACAAAAAAAGGCAACUGUGGAAAGGAUGGAGACAGAUGGAUUCAGUGCAGCAAACAUGAUGUUUUCUGUGGUUUUUUGCUCUGUACUAAUCUUACUAAAGUUCCACGAGUUGGUCAAGUUCAAGGAGAAAUCAUCCCAAAUUCUUUUUAUCAUCAAGGACGAAUAGUGGACUGCAGUGGUGCUCAUGUUCUUCUAGAUGAUGAUACAGAUUUAGGUUAUGUGGAGGAUGGAGCCCCGUGUGGACCUCACAUGAUGUGUCUGGACAAAAAGUGCCUGCCAAUUCAGUCCUUGAACAUAAGCAGCUGCCCCAUUGGUUCUAAUGGAAAAGUCUGUUCUGGUCACGGGGUUUGUAGUAACGAAGCCACUUGCAUUUGUAAUUUCUCCUGGGCUGGGACAGACUGCAGUAUUGAUGAUCCUAUCAGGGAGCCUAGUAACAAGAAGGACGAAGGACCCAAGGGUCCUAGUGCCACCAAUCUUAUAAUAGGCUCCAUCGCUGGUGCCAUCCUGGUAGCAGCUAUUGUCCUUGGGGGGACAGGAUGGGGCUUUAAGUAA